AUUGUAAACCUUCGAAAGCCGGAACUUACGUUUUCUAUGAUCUCCUUCGCGACGCCUACCAUUCAACCACAUCGAUAACCGCCUUGCCCGACACGAUCCUCGAUUAAUUACACUUGGUCUCCGGUCUUAUAGACUCUAUUAGCCAUGGCCGCCACCCGUUCUUUCUACAACGCCCUCUUCCGAAACAACUGGCAAAUGCUGGGAGCUGUCUUUGCCUCGGCCUUCGCUUUCGAGAUGGUAUAUGACACAAGCAUGAACAAGCUCUGGGAUAAUCACAACAGAGGGCGACAAUGGAAAGACAUCCGAUCCCGAUAUGUCGAGGAGGAAUAAGGGGCAACGAUCAACUCGCGACAUUAGAAAGAAAGAGCAAACGACAUCUUUCAGGGACAAUAGGAUGGCUCUAAAACUACACAAUUGUACCUUAUAGACUUGAACCUUGGAGCAAUAUUCACCACAAUUCACGUAAAGCCUUAUCUCUUUUCGA